AUGACUUUUUUUGAACCCAACUAUCUCGCCGAGGCUUUAAGCUUCCGAUCACGCCUCACUAUUGGCUUACACAUCAAUAAGACCAGUGCAGAGUUGUGUGCGCGAAAUGGUAUAGAUUUGCUCCACUUUUUGCGGAAUAUGCCACCAUAUCGUGUACAAGCUCCUCUGACUGCAGACUACAUCAAUUACCAAGGAAGACGAACGUCUGCUGUGUUAAACAAUCUCCAAUUUAAGUUGUAUCUAGUCGAUGAACUAGCCUCUAUUCCGCUUCGUGUUUCACAAAUUGUCACACCAGCUCCUGACCAAGCAAUAGCCAGCGCCAAUGAUACGCUCAUUAAGAACGCUCUUGGACAAUUAGUGCAGCACUUUCAGGGCUCAUCACGCAACUCCACGUCCUCUUUGUCUACCAGCCUCCACUCUAGCACCAUUGAAAGCAUCUCGUCUGAUAUCCUCCGGGAUAUAGUUUCUGCAUACGCCAAUGCUGGCUUCGCCCAGUUUAGAUGCUUUGAGCAUGACUUCUUGGACAACCCCGUUGGGUAUCUGGCUGUCUGUGCAAUGACUGACUCUCGCGAAGAGAAGAUAGCGGCUAUUAAGAAAAUAACCACAGGACUGCCCGCAGUUCUUCAAGGUGCUGUCUCUGGCAUGUCUGACAACGACGUCUGCCUAACAUUAUUGAUCAUAGACCUUUAUCCCACUGAUCGAUCGAGUCAGUAUAUCGAUCCAGGAUUACAUAAUGAACUAACACGUUAUCGCGUCAAGCCGCUUUACCUCAAUUUACAGCUGUUUCAGCAAUACAUUAUGGAACCUUCAACGGACGUUAACAUUACUGAGUAUUUGCAAAGCACGCAUACUAAACGCUACUUCGAGUACUUAUUUUCAUGUGAGGGCUUCGCCGCAGAUAUGUACAGUGAUAUUGUCUGGUCUCCCAUGGCAAUGGAUCCAUCCAGCGAGGAUAAAAAAGGUCUCUAUGCACGCCCCACGGUCUCAGACCUGAUUGUUAAGCAAAGCAAUGUACUCUUCAGCUUUUUCAACACGGUGUUCUCAUACUAUCUAAAGACCAUCUUGAUCCCAUUCCUGGCUUCGAAACUAUUUAACAUCUCUGAAAGCUGCGAGGAGACAGUUAGCGUAGGGAAGAAGAUGGCCAAUAUUUUAGCCGGUCACCACACGUCCGCUAAGCAGGCAACUCGUACGGUUCCAGCACAUGCUCAUUUAUCACAAGGAAAGGCAUUCUAUACGAAGUUCCCCAUCGAGUACAGAAUUCGCCGUCUGGCAGAUUUACUCUUGCAAUGCAACCUUAUUGAUGACGCUUGCGCGUACUACGAGACUUUGCUUCCAAGACAAAAGCAUAAGGCGACCUCUCCUUUCGUGGCAGAGGCAUAUGAGGGUGCGGCCUUCGCUAGUUUACGCAAGUACUUUGCAAACUAUUCGUUUGAUAAUGCGCAUGUCCACAUUUCUGCCGACGACACCUCAAAACUCCUGAAGUACUACGGAGAGGCGUUGCGCAUCAUUAACGAUUGUUUAUCGGACCCUACAUUGGGACAUGUGAGCCUUUGCAACGCCUCCUUGCACAGCCCUUUCCGGCUGUCUGGCCAAGUAUUUAACUCUCCGUUACAAAACGCUGAAAACGGUCUGAGCCCCUUCACACCAACGCCCGCCUUUCAGACACGCAUAUCUGUCUAUCGCCUCUUUGACUAUAAGCGAUAUCUUGAGAUAAUGGCGGCCUUGGUGUACACUGUGUCGGGACAGAGCUUCCAUUUGGUGGAAAAGACCUUUUCCUACGCUAUUCCUCACACGAUCAACUCUCUCACAGCAGCGCUUUCCUACCUGGUUUCUAGCUUUCUUCUCUGUGAGGCACGAUAUGUACGCCUGGGAACAGAGUCGGCAUUCAGAGCAGGCGCACUUUUCUUUAACGACCGUCUUUUCAAUCUAGCCUUUCUGUGCUUUACGUAUGCCUUCAUGAACUUAGAUCGGCCUCAUCUGCUGCCAGCACUUAAGACAGGAUGGUGGUUUGCAACCGUUUAUGAGUCAGAGCUCCUCUAUUGCAGGACACGGGCGUUGCGUUCAGAAAGAUUGGAUCUACAGACUGCCGCAACAAAGGAGCCGACGCUGAUUGAUGCCCUUUCAAAUAAGAUUCUUCAGCUCCUUAAGAACACCACUUCUAAGCAGAUGCAAACAGAACUAUUCUAUCCUAAGGACAUCUCCUCUAUUGUUAAGCAUACGCCAUCAACAUUUUCUGACCCAUCCUCUCCAAUAGGUUCAUGUUUUGCGUCUCUACAACGGCUCUUGAUCACAAACCAGGUUGCCCUCCCCCAGCUCAUGAGUCUCUUUUGUCUUCCCUUCUCUACGGCCAAAGAAAUAGAAGAGCGUAGUCUUAGAUUUUGCAUCAAGAACGUCACACCCCCAGUACGCAACAUCGGAGAAACCCCUCUGCGCUAUACAGUUCGUUUGUUCAGCGACCUCAUUCAGUCGACCAACGGGGAUGCAGACUCUAGCAUUAACACGUUCCUUAAAAAGGCGUUUACACCAGCACGGAAGUUCAUUGUAAGAGACUACCUGGUCGACUUUUUGACCCAUAUUGCUCCGCGACUAACAAACUUUGAUUACAAGGUACUCUUAAAAGCUGAUGCAGAAAAGCUGAAGAUAAUCCACAAGGAGAUACGGAUUCCAAGCGUCUCUGUUAGCGGGCUUUAUCACCCUAAUAUCAACCUUUCUUCUAUUAUCUUAUUGGAUAGCAAAUCUCUCCCUUGUCCAUUUGAGACUCUUCAGGGAUUGGUGUAUCACAAGCUGGCCAAAACCCAGCUACUGGAUCAGCUAAAUAACAUCAAAGCAAUACGAGCCGGCGAAACUGCUAUGGCGAUCUUCUGUCUCAGUAACGAAUAUCCGCUGCUGGAUUAUGAUAUUAAGAAAGUGGAGCUGUCGUUAUGUUUUUAUGAUGAAAGCAACCGACCACUUCCUUCUGCUACCCUGGAGCUCAGAAGCAAAAACGCACUUGUGAUACCGACCAAGAUGGCCUUCAUAAGCGGUAGCAUUCUUCUUUGUGGGAUCCCAAUUAUUAUGCCGUCUGACACACGAACUAUCUCAAAAAUGGAGAUCCGUGGUCUUCGAAUUUCUUUUCUCCCCAUAGAUGUGCGUUCAACAGGGUCUCUUUCAAAGUCGUCUUCCUUUUCCAAGUCAAAAUCCUCGCUACCCCCACUUACAACAUCAACCGUUCCAAAUGAUGGGGCCACCACCCAGCAGACAGAGAUUAUUUUGGAAACUCCUGUCUCAUUCCCCGUUCUUUCGCAUGCUGCUGACAUUGUGAUAUCCGUUGUAUUUCCAAACUCACCAGUGCUUCCGGGGCAGAUUGUCCAGGGGCAAUUGGUAGUGAAGAACACUGGCCAGCGCGAUGUUUCCAAUCUGCUUAUCUCCUCAAGCCAUCAAGCAUAUUGUGUCUAUGAUCAUGAGGCGUGUGUUUAUCUGGAUGAAGUAACACUAGAGUCGGACCAACAUGAGGGUACGCUGUCUUCAAAACUAACAGAUAUCUCUCUUGAGGUGGCCCUCGAUUUUAUCUUCCCAAGCCCUCUAGCUGUAUUAUCAGAACUAGAGCAGAUUGCAGCCACUCCUCACGAACAAUCCGUACUGAAGCUGGAUCUUGCAAGGCCUUACAUUAAGAGGGUCUUGCAGAAUUGUAUGAAAGAGCUUAUGAUGCCUCCCAUGCUCCAGGAUAGAUUGAUCGUUUGCAGAAGGAGCCUAAGAUCACGCGAGUCUAUUGCGAUUCCAAUACUUCUUCUUAUUCCACCUGGAGCGCAACCAGGAAAGCUCAUUGUUGAAUACUAUCUAGGAUACUCUAUUACUGUUUGGCCUGUCGUGUCAGAAACUACUGCAGAGCUUCAUAUCCUCUCCGCAGCUAAGCCCAGUCUCCAAGGCCAGCCAAGUCUAUCGUUACCUAGGGAUGCGAUUGCAAAGUCAGUUGCAGAAAAACAGCAUAGCGUUAGAGCAAUUCUUCCAUCCGGUCAGGAUGAGCUAGUUGCAGUAAUACUCUCAAAGCGGUGCACUCCACCAUCUCUGUGUAGACUCACUCUGGAGAAGAGUGGAUUCACCUACACUGGAACGUUCCUCUGUGACCAGUACAAAGACUCAUUGAGAUUACUUCGGCAGCGCAGCCAGUCAUUCACACCAACCCAACAAAAUAAGGUGGGCAUUCCACCGGACGCACUGGCCAAUGAGGCCUUGAUUAAGCAGACUAAGGAUCUUGCAGGAAUAUCUCGAUCGUCGCUAUUAAAGCUACAUGAGAACAUUACAUUGUUGCUUAAGCGGGCAGAACUACACAAAUACGGCCCCAGCCUUUUACCCCUGGCAUACAACUACCUAAAAAAGCAAAGUAACUUUUCAUUUCAAGACCGAAACGAUACUGCUUAUAACCUAAAUGAAUUUCAUAGCACAAUCCUAAAGGACUUGCAGACAGUUCAAAGCGCCGUGCUCGAUAUGUACGUUAAAGAAUUUUGUCAAGUAACGACAAGAGACUUUAGUCUGGUUUAUUCUUCUGGGGACAAGGUGUUCUUAAAUCGUGAAUUCACCCCCACUGCUUCUCGUGACCCGCCUGGGCUGGGCCCUCUAUCUGCAAUGGUCCGAUGCAAUGCUGCAGCCGAUGGUAAGGUAAGCUUUGACCUUGUUAUGGUUAACCGGUCUCUUACCGUGAUUAAUACACACGUGUCUGCCAAUAUUAGUGGUCCUACCGGCCUGUUUUCCAUGAUAGGCCUCCAGACAAUCAUUGGGGAAAUAGAUUCAUUUGAAGUAGCCAUAGUGCCUUUUAUGGCGUGUGCCUCUUCGAUUGGAGAGUGCACAAUCUCCGUCUCUGUCGACGCGACCGUCUCCGUGGGUUCUCUACAGAGAAGGGUCCCAGUAGUUGAUUGUGGGCUCCGGCUUUCUCUCAUCGUUGCAUAG